AUGUCAUUAGUAUGCCUUAGUCAACAAUUAACCAUUUAUGUUGGUUUAUUUUUGCUUAUUAUUGGUAUUUUUGGUAAUGGAACGAACAUUUUCAUAUUCUCAAGUGUUUGUUCUUAUCGUAUAUCACCUGCUACAUUCUAUUUUCUAGUCGAAUCAAUGGCUAAAAUUGUCUUUUUAACAACUAAUCUUUUACUUCAUGUAGUUACCUUUUAUUUUGAAUUUGAUUUAAGACGCACAUCAUUGAUCUGGUGUAGAUUAAGACAAGUUUUAUUCACUCUAUCAAGCACAAUAACUGUUACUUGUACAUGUUUAGCUACAAUGGAUCAAUUUUUUGUUACGUCUUCUAAUCCUUCGUUACGUCAAAUUAGUAAAAUUCAACGAGUAUAUCAAAUUGUAUUGAAUACUAGCAUUAUCUGGUUUCUUCAUUCGCUUAUUGCUUAUUUUAAUGUGGCUAUUUCACCAAUUACUGGUACAUGUGCUUCGAGCAAUUCUACUGUAAUUUCAAUAACAAUAACAAUGAUGUUUGGAUAUGUAACUUAUGGUAAUAUUCGUCAAACAACAGUUCUUGCUGAACAACAAGCUUAUCGACAAGUGGUAAAAAUGGGUCUUCUACAAAUCAUAUUAAUUAUCAUUUCUAAUACUCCUCUUGGUGUACUUAAUACAUAUGGAUUGAUUACAACUGGAGUUAUUAAAAGUCAAGAACAACAAUUACAAGAAUAUUGUGCUUCAUUGCUGAUCAAUCUUAUAGCAUCGAUAUAUUUCGCGGCAGAUUUUUAUACAUUUUUGAUUUCAUCAAGUCGUUUUCGUCAAACUGUAAGAGAACGAUUAUUUCGAUGGCGACCUUCAAAUCAAGUUCAGCCAUCUCGAACUUGGUCUCAAACAGACAAUAUUGAAAUCGCCAUUGAUAAAUUAAAAAUAAUUGCUCGUACAUUUGUAAUUACUCUUGGGGCAGAAGGUGCAUUAGCCUAUGAUGGUAUACAACUAUACAAUAUUGAACCUCAUAAAUUACAUGCAAUCGAUACUAUAAUGGAGCAAAUGAUAUUUCUGUUUGGCAUUACACAUGGACAAGAUUAUUUGACAGCAGGAAAUUUAGCUAAUCUUGCAGCAGCAACAGUUGUUUCGAAUUAUAGACCACGUUUGUUUGCAGCGAAACAAAAAACAGCUAUUAGUACAAUGGAAUAA